AUGGACCUGAGCAGUUGUUCGCCCCUCGUGGCGCGCAUCCUCGCUCCCGUUCUAGCCAGCCGGGGACAUGCUAUCAGCCUCUCGCAGCAGACCGGCGCGAACGCGUUCACACGCGCGGAAGAUGCGGCAGAGGAUUCAGUUCAAGGUCUUGAUGGCGUGCUGCCCGCGGGGGACGCGCACGAGCUGGCCGACAGGGUGCUGGAGCUGCUUCAGCAAGAUGCCAAGCGUCUCACGGCUACGGAGGCCAAGAACACCGCCGCGGCCGCCCCCAGGACCCACGACAUCGACAAGGGGCAGAAGGCGCUGCAGCGCAUGGGCCUCGGCGGGCCCCCGACCGCACUCGACCUUUCUACGGUCGAAUUCCCCCCCCUGGGGUCUCCCGCGACUCCCCCGCGCACACGCAGCCGGCUGACGCCUCAGCCCGCCACGAGCGGUCCGUGGCCCUCCGCGAACACUACGACUCCAGAGAAACCUGCCCCGACCCCGCAACGGCGGCCCGACACCCCAUCUGCGACGUCGUCGCCGCCACAGCCUGCGCGCCGGAGCCCAGGGGCCGCGUCGGAGGGCUCCGCGAGCGCCUCGAAGGCUCGCAGCAGCGACGAUGACGCGUUGCAGCGGCUUGCGCGGGCGCACGGACGCGCCAUCGCGGCGCACGCAGUCACUCACCUCGACGCGCACGUUGCCGUGCUGCUGUCCCUGCUCCGCAUGGCGAAGGACGCGACCGAGGCGGGCGCGACCGUGCUGCCCUCGCGCGCAGCGGCGAUCACGUACGCCUGCGAGGCCCUGCUGGCCGCGGGGCGCGCUGUGCACGGCGUUGGCACUGCGGCGACAAAGGCGAUGCUCUCCGCGCCGGGCGUGCAGGCGGCCCGCGCGGGGACGCCAGAGGCGGAGCUGAGGGCCUUGGCACAGCAGAUCCAGCGCGAGGGGCAGCUCGGGCAGGUCAGCGCCGACAAGCGAUACGACACAGUGGCCCCCGGGUACCGUCCGCCCAGCGCAGCUCGCACCGAGUCGAACGCGACGACGCGGACGCUCUCGGAGAUCAUAGCGAACCUCAACAUCCUCGCGGCGCGCUGCGAGGGCGAGAUCGCGGCGCGGUCCGCGGCCGGCAGCGCCCAGUGGGCCGCGACAGACGUCGAGGCCGUGUUGGAGUUCGGCCUGGACGCAACGGCGCGUGUCGCGCCGAAACACGUCCCCGCGCUGGCCUCGCGGCUCGUCGCGCACCUGCUGCAGGCCUCCGAGACCGCCCAGCAGCACCGGUUGGCGCUGGACGCGCGGUCGCAGCGCAAGGGCGCAGACGCCGCCGCGUCGUUAGAACGGCGGAUGACGGGCGGGAGGGGGCCGGGGAGCGCGGCUGGGGCGCAGCAGGGGGCGCGGAGGGGCGGGCAGAAGAGGAUCGAGGUGCAGCGGGUGCAGCGGGCUGCGCCGGCGCAGCGGGCGGCGCUCGGACAGGGGGGGUUGGGGGAGUUGAGCUCCGCGGCGCGCAGCAGGGCGGUGCGCGCGGCGACGGAGGAGUUGCGGGCGUUCCCUGAGCCGCUGCGCACGCACGCCGCGCUGCUGCUCGCGCUGGACUCGUGGAGCCUGACGUCAGCGGCCGUGUCGGACAUGGUGCACCUGACCACGCCGCUCGUGGCCCCGUGGGCGCUCCCGGCGGCUGGCGCGGCCGGAUCGUCGCAGCCGCAGCUGUCCGCGUCGCUCUCGCAGUCGCUUCGGCGGCUGCUCGCGAUGGCGCCGUUUCUCGCCCGUUUCGGGGGCGCGAUCGCGGCGGGAUGUGCGCACCCUGCGCUGUCGCCAGUGCAGUUGUUGCGAGGGCACGCGGAGCGGCUGACGGCGACUCCGUGCAGCGAGGCGGCCCUCCAGGCCCUGUGCCUGGCGAUCCCCUACGCCUGCGCGUUCGUCACUGCCAUGCCGGCGCCGGCGAUCGACGCGCCGGCCGGUUGCGUGCGCACCGCCGCCGCAGCACUCAUCGCCAUCCGCGAGAGCCCUGCGCUGCGCCCCGGCCACGAAGCCUUCUCGACGGGCCCGUUCGCUCUCCGCUGCGCCCUCGACCGGGUCCAUGCGGAGUUCACACGGCCGGAAAACGCCGCGGGGGCCACGAGCGACGUAUUGUUGCGUGAGGGCUUCGAAUCACUGGACAAACGGAGCCUCGAGGCCCUCGACGCCGCGUUCGCAGCCAUCGGCGAGCAGAGCUACCGCCUGCUCGACGCGGCCUUCGUCGACGAGUGCUGCCCGCGCCUCGAGAGCGCUCGCCGCGCCACUGUCGUCCCGGCCGCCCGCGGGACCGCAAGCACGACGGAUGCUUCGUCGACCAGGUCGCUGACGUGGCAGCGCACGCCGGCCCCGGUCGAGACCCGCGCGGCGGCGUGGGUGCGCGCUCUGCGGCGCAGCAGCGACAAAAGACAACUCGAGCUUCAGCGUGCACUCCUUGACAGCUACUCCACGCAGCGGGACGUGGCAUCGCAGCCCCUCAAGGUCGUUGUCGACCACGUCGUCGACGUGCUCGCGCGGAACGCCCUGGAGGUCGCCCUGCAGUCCGACGCGUCGCUGCAGCUUGUGCGAUGCGCGUCUGCCGUGCUGCGCGAGUCGGUGAAGCUCCUGCGGGACCACGCCGAGCGUGCGGUGUCGGACGCGGUGCUCAAGUGGGUGGACGAGCGCGGGGGCAGGGGCGGGCAGGACGAGUGGCUCGAUCGCGCGAAGCAGGACGAAGAUAUGCUGGAGAGUCUGAAAGGUGCCGCGCAGAAGGCUUGGGACAGGGUCAUGCGCGACGGGCAGGCGUGCCGCAAGGACCUGACGAUGCUCGUCGUGGAGGGGUACGAGCGCGCGGCCGAGGACCUCUGCGCCGUCGACGCGCGCGACUACGUCCUCAUGCGCAUCACGGGCGCCCUGGAGGCCAUGCUGCCUCCAUCCCUGGACGUCGCCGUGAAACAGCUGACCUGCCACAUCGCCGCAGACACCGCGCUCGAGUCCUGCCUCUCGCGCCUCGGCCCGACCGCGCGCGCGUUCGUCUCCCGGCACCUCGACCGCCUCGACAACUGCUCCUGGCCCGAGGUGCAGCAGAGACUUGUGGACAGGACUCGCCAAGACGACUGGGCACUAUCUGAGCGCCCGCCGUGGCUCUGGGGCCAGGUCGAAGCGGCCGCCCGCGACAGCGCGGCGCGCGGCGUGCAAGUCGUCGACCGCGACAUCGUCGCGCUGAGCAUUCUCAAGUUCGUGGAGUCGUCGCCAGAGAUGCGAAUGUUUGCCGACAGCGGAGCACUGGCGAACCUCUUGCACGGCGUCGGCGGCCGGAAGACGCGGGAGCUGCCGCCAGCCGAGCCGCUGGCGCUGCCGGCGCUCGGUGCCGGGGCGGGGCCGCCGGCGCGGGGGCACGUAGCGGGCCAGCAGUUGCCGUCGGCGGGGGGUGCGGCGCGCAACGACGACGGCAGUGGGCUGUCCCCGCUGCGGGCGCGGAUUCUCAGCAGCCCGCUGCAGCCGAGCGGCGGCCCCCGCGCGCCGCGGACGCACACGCCGCCGCGCGCCGUCCGCGGGCCCGGCAUGCUGUGGGGCUCCAACACCGAGAGUGCAAACGACCAAGACGCAAAUGACAGCGGCGCACUUUCGAGGGACUCGGCGUCGCCGACCGCCGAAGCCGCGGUCGCGCAGCUCAUGACGCCGGUGACGGCGGCGCGCGAGGCGAGCGUGGCGCCGCCGAAGCCGGAGGCGCGUGAUCGGAUUGCACAGCUGGUGGCCGAGCGCGCAGCGUGUCCGGAUUUCGUGGAAAGGCUGGUCGAGGAGCACCGCGGGGAUCUGGCUGAUGCGGAGGAUGAUCUCUUGGUGGCGCUGCGGGCGUGUCCGGACGGGGCGCGCGGCGCGCUGCUUGGGGCGUGCCAAGCGGUGCUGGACGUGGCGUGCGCGCGUGCGGGCAGCGCGGGCGCGGGCGCGCAUCCGAUGCCGCGGCUGAAAGUGCUCCUCGAGGUGCAUGCGCGCGAGGCAGGGAGCGAGCCCCUCAGUGCCGUUGGGUGGCUAUAG